GUUUGCCAAUAAAAUCAAUGUUGUUUGACGAAUGUUUUAUCCGCUUCACUGCCUUUCAAUCAUGCACACAGAUUUUCUCUCCCUUUUACUCCCCAUUCUCUUUUAUUUCCAUUCUAUGAUCAGCUUCAGUCCAUGCCAUGCACAGAUCACAGCAGCCAAGUGCAUUGACACUGAGAGAUCAGCGCUACUUGCUUUUAAGGAUGGUGUUCGAGAUCCAUCUGGUCGGUUAUCUUCUUGGGUCGGGGAUGACUGCUGCAACUGGAAAGGUAUUGGGUGUAAUCAUCAGACAGGACAUGUUAUGAAGCUUGAUGUUAGAAACCCGUUCCAGUUUAGAACUCUUGAAGCUUAUUCUUUGACAGAAACUGAAGUUGCUGAAUACAGAGGUUUGUGCUUGAGCGGUGAGUUGAGUUCGUCUUUGUUACAUUUGAAGUACUUGAGUUACUUGGAUUUGAGUUUGAACAACUUUAAAGGAGUUCGAAUCCCUCAGUUUCUUGGUUCUUUCAAGAAUUUGAGGUAUUUGAAUCUAUCUUAUGCUUCAUUUACUGGCUUGGUUCCUUCUAAUCUUGGGAAUUUGUCAAAUCUGGAGUAUCUUGAUCUUGAUGGCUAUUCAUAUAACAUUUUUGGUAGUACUGGUUUGUAUAUUAGAAACCCACAGUGGGUUUCUAAGUUAUCAUUUUUGAAGCAUCUUAACAUGGAUUUAGUACAAAUUUAUAGCACAAAUGGGGCUUGGUUAAAUGCAGUUAAUAUGUUGCCUUUUUUGUUGGAAUUGCAUUUACAUGAGUGUCAACUUACUGAUAUGCUUGUCGUUCUUCCUUUCGUUAAUUUCACUUCACUUUCUGUUCUUGAUGUUUCUAAAAAUUCCUUCAACUCUUCGAUACCGACAUGGCUGUUGAAUCUUACUAACCUUACUAAGCUUGAUUUGAGCUCGAAUUCUUUCGGUGGUUCUUUUCCUAUCGAGUUUGGUGAUCUGACAGCUCUUGAAGAGCUUAAUUUGGAGCUGAAUGGUUAUAUUGGAGGCCACUUGCCAAGCUCACUAGGGAAGCUUUGUAAACUGAAGAACCUAAAUCUUGGAUCAAAUAAUCUCAGUGGAGAGAUUACUCAACUGAUGGAUGGUUUUUACGAUUGCCCUUCUGCUAGUUUGGUUUCAUUUAGUGUGAAUUCUAAUGGUUUUAGUGGGGAAUUGCCUGCUUCUCUUGGGAAUCUAAGGAACCUGCAAUAUCUUGACCUUGCCUUUAACUCUUUUCGGGGUUCGAUUCCUUCCUCUUUUGGAAACUUGUCAUCGUUGCGAGUCCUUUACCUUCACGCAAAUGAGAUGAAUGGAAGCAUCCCCGAGAGCUUCGGCCAGCUCUCGCUGCUAGUAGACUUGUCCCUUAAUGGCAAUCCAUGGCAAGGUGUUAUCACAGAAACUCAUCUGAUGAAUCUGAGCAGUCUACGGACUUUGAUGCUUUCGACUAACCCGGAUAAGUCUUUAGUGCUGAAUGUGAGUUAUGGUUGGGUUCCUCCCUUCAGACUGAAGCAAGUUGAACUCCUAAAUUGUAAAGUUGGUCCUUCGUUUCCCAUGUGGCUACAAGUUCAGAGUGAACUUGAUAUUGUGAGACUCAAUUAUGUUGGAAUCUCUGAUAUUAUACCUGAGGAAUGGUUUGCCAAGUUAUCUUCUCACCUAGUUGCCUUGGAUCUCUCUAAAAACUAUAUCAAGGGGAAGCUUCCAAUCGAAUUGGAAUUCCCAAAAUUGGAUACCUUGGACUUAAGUUCAAAUGGAUUUGAAGGCCUUCUGCCGCGGUGGUCAACAAAUGUAACACAACUGUAUCUUCAUAACAAUUCAUUCUCAGGGACUAUAUCUGAAACUAUUGGUGAACUAAUGCCGAGAUUGCGUAAUUUGCAUGCCUCUGACAAUCGUCUAAAUGGUUCGAUUCCUUCAUCCAUUUGUAAGUUGGUGGAUUUGCAAGUUCUUUCCUUAAGGAACAAUGAUCUUCAUGGAGAACUCAUUGAUUGUUGGGGAACUAUGCAAUCGGAACUGUGGGUUGUGGAUGUGUCAAACAACAGUCUGUCAGGAAGCAUCCCUGGCUCACUUGGCUACAUAACAUCACUCGGAAUGUUGUUACUGAGCAAGAACAAUCUAGUUGGGGAAAUUCCAUCUUCCUUGAAAAAUUGCUCGGCAUUGACAACCAUUGACCUCGGAGGGAAUAGACUUUCAGGAGAAAUUCCAUCGUGGGUGGGAGUUAAUUUACAAUCCAUUUUCAUGCUUCGCCUUCGAUCAAACUUGCUGAGUGGACAGAUACCACGACAGCUUUGCAAUCUUCGGUAUCUUCAUUUCUUAGACCUUGCCAGAAACAAUUUUUCCGGGGUUAUUCCGAGUUGUUUUGAUAAUUUGACAGCUCUAGUAUACGGAAACAGCAGUGAGAAAUAUUAUCGUUACUUUCAGUUCCGUUGGGCCUACUUCAUGGAACAAACCAUGGUUGUGACGAAAGGAAAAGAGUACGAGUUCAACCGGAAUAUCGGGUUACUGGAUGCCAUUGAUCUAUCAGAGAACAAUCUAGAAGGUGAAAUUCCUGAUGAGAUUACGAGCCUUAAAGCGUUAAGAGUCUUGAAUUUGUCAAGGAAUCAUUUUAGCGGAAGCAUUCCAGAGAAGAUAGGAAAUCUGAGACUUUUGGACACACUUGAUCUGUCAGACAACAAUCUUUCAGGGAUAGUUCCUCAAAGCUUGUCUUCAUUAACAUUUGUAAGUCAUUUAGAUUUCUCAUCAAACAACUUAUCAGGAAAGAUUCCCACAGGAAAUCAGCUGCAAACACUGAAUGCUUCGGCCAUUUAUGAGGGCAAUCCAUUUGUAUGUGGAUUUCCGUUACAAGUCAAGUGUCCUGGAGAAGAAAUAGACAACCUCAAACCUCCUGGAGAGGACGAUGAAGGAGAAAAUGAUUCCAUGUUUCCAGAGUUCUACUAUAGCAUUGGAAUUGGUUUCUUUGCAGGAUUUUGUGGUGUAGUUUUGUAUUUCACAAUGUGAGGAACAAAAAAAGUGCAGAAGAUUUAAGAAAAUCUGAUUCUUGGUUACUUUGGAAAUUUGAAGUCCCGUCAUGAUGACAUUCUGUAGUGUAAAUCCUUUUCCGUAUAUCAGAAAAUAAAUUCACUUUUCCAUUUGUUUUCA